GAAAUCGUGAAAUCGUCAAUGUACAUAUUUGACUUCAAAGCUGUCAGGCGCGCUCUUAUCUGUAGUAAGAACAGCUUCACGUGAUAGACAAAGUAGAUAAAUACGGGUUCCGUGCAACUGGUUUCAGCCGUUGCAAACAUUUCAGCCAAAAGAACAUGCCGAACGAGUCAUGAAUGUGUGCAGCUGUCGUCCACAGCAGCAACCUAGCCAAAGGCUCCCAAAGCCUGGGGCGUGGGCGUCGAAAAACAGCGACUUCGGCUGCCUUCCUCGCGAGGUAUGGCUACGCGUCCUCGAGUACCUCGACGCAGAGUCGCGCCUAAAUGUCGGCGACAUCGGACCCAACUUCAAGGCACUCGCUGUCGACAACGAGCAGCUCUUGCAGACCGUCCGUUGCGACGCCCACUGCGACGCGGCCUCCUUAAAAUGGCUCCUCGCCCUAGGACGCUGGGCACACGUGAGGAGGCUGUGCCUGAACAACUGCAUCGUGGCUCGGCCUUCGGAGCUGCUCGAGUGCGUCUUCAUGUGCGAGCACCUGACCGAACUGCGCUGCGUCCGCUGCCCACUCGAUGUUAAAGCGCUCUUCUCGACCAAGUCCCUCCCUGUUCUGCAAAGGCUGGACUGGACGCUGCACUGCGACUAUCAACUUCGGCGUUACUUCGAGGCCGCCAGAGUGGGCCGCUUCUCGUUCGCCCUGAGUGAGCGGCUGUACGACAUGUACGUGGAAGUGGAGAGCGCCGAGCACCCCAGCUUCGAGUUCCUGGCAUUCAUGCUAGGCCGAAGCUCUAGAAUGCGGCGCCUUCACGUGCACGUGAUGCUCGACGCCCGCCGGACAUCGGUGCAGCAGUGCGCCACACUCGCCCUCUCGCUCUUGUCGGCGAGCCUGUGUAAGUUUGUGUUCACGACGGACGAACAAGUGACGUCGAUGUGCCGACGCACCGAAAAUGUGCCGCGGAGGCCGUUGGACUUAGAGCACGAUGUGCUGGUGUGCGGUAACAUUUCCAUGCACUACAAGGGCGGCUUCAGUAGCUGCAUCUGGCUCGACGAUAUUGUGCAGAGUGGGCCCGGCAACCAGGAGCAAAUAGUCCUUGUCGUCGACGAUAUCGCGGCCGCGCACAAGUUAGACUUCGCCGCCGCUUCGUACACGUGGGCCAAGUUGAAAGCCCUGACGCUGGUCUCGACGAUCGCGCAAGCGCGGGACGUACCAGGGUCUCCCAGACUGUGCGACGGCAUUGCCACCUUGCUGCACGCUUGCGGCAACAUCACCGAGUUGAACCUGAAUGCGUUCCACUUUCCCGAAGGCACGUCCUUUUCUAGUCUUCCCCAGAGCCUUGGCCGACUCCGGGCCCUUUCGGUGAGCCCCUGCUUCUUCAUGGGAGACCGCUUCUGUCUGACAUCGCUCGCGAGCGCGUGCAGCAGGCUCCAGGAGCUCGACGUGCAAAUGAACUACGUGGGAAUCUACAAGGGCGAGUGCGGGCCUUGCCGUUACGGCAGUUUCUCCCUGCGCCCGAAUGAGUGCCGGACUACCGGGAAGUUGAUUAGUCUCCAAAGGCUCACUUUUUCGUGCACGGCUCAGUUGAAUUGGUUCGCAUUCGUCAACGCUUGCGACGUCGUCGAGUUGCGGUUGUGUGGCAGCGAGUUCGGACUAUGCAGUAACCUUGCACUGGGCGUUCUGUUGACAGGCAACUGCCGAUUGUAUUCUCUGCUGCUUGAGGACAACGGCUUGCGCCUGGACGACGACCUGUUGUUGCGCGAACUGGCCAAAGCGCCCAAUUUGCGCUACCUGUGCCUCCUCUCCAACGUGACGCUUUCUUUUGAAGUUGUGGAAGCCUCGGCGGGCACGCUGGUGCGGACGUUACCCGCGCUUGAGGCGCUGCACGUCCACUUCAGGAACAAGUUCAGCGCCCGGCUGGAUCGCAUGUCCUGGAUUCGCCGAGGCUUCGUCCAUCGCUACGAGCCCCGCAGCUACAAGGCGACCGCGAACUCUUCGUGCGUGCUGUGCUCGACAUCGACUUUUAUUGGGCUUGCGAAGCCGCGCUAUCGGUACUUGGGCGGUCUCUAGGGAGAUUUCAGCUUUGUGAUUGCUUAGCCUCUUGACGACGUGCUUUACUGGCACGGAUGAAUGUGCCGACCUUUCGCUACGUCUCACAACUUCGCUUAUUUAUUUAUGUAUACACAUAGAGCCUUCCAGGUCGCUGAAAUUCCUGCGAGUCAAAGCCAUCCUCCUCGGCGGUCUCCCCAUAACCUUCGUGACGUGUUCUUGCCCAUCAUUUUUACUUUUGCUUACGACAGUGAGUAGCAAAGACAUGCCUUGUUAAAACUGAUGCGUCCUGAACAGUGUCGCAUAAUGCGAGAACAUUACCAGAUAUUUUGUUUCCUUUAAGUCAUUCGUUCUCUUGUAUCGGCAUGCAUUUCGCAAAUAUUCGAGUGGCAAAAGCUUCGUAUUUUCGGGAAGUGUAUUCUUUACCUGAAGUUGGUGCCAAGAGUGAGUGGGUCAUUUAAUCUUUUAUCUUUGUUUCAUGUAUCUGUCACUUUUCAGUAUCAUCAUAACCGCAUGCGCAUUGUGAAGUGAAAAAAGAAAAAAACACUAUCACGCAGUGUCUGACAAAUCGAAAAACGAUGCCGAUUUUAUCUUCAACAUGUCUACGUUUUUACGAAAUACAUGCAAUAAAAGUAUAUUUUAAU